AUAAAAAUCAUUCCAGCAACACUUUUCAAUUGAGAAUAUUGUUAAAACUAUAGUGAGGAAUAACAUUUUUACUUAGUUUAAUCGGAUUCAUUGAGUUUUGUGAAGACGAAAUAGAUAACCCAAUUUUGAGGUUAUAUUGUUGUUGUUUUGGAGUCUUCAAAACACCAUGGUUUGUGAAAAAUGCGAAAAGAAAUUAGGCCGGGUCAUCACACCGGAUCCUUGGAAAACUGGUGCUAGAAACACAGUAGAGUCUGGAGGCAGAAAAGUGGGAGAAAAUAAAGCUUUGACUGCUAAAAAGGGUCGAUUCAAUCCAUAUACAUCAAAGUUCCAGGAAUGCAAAAUAUGUAGAACAAAAGUUCACCAAGUAGGAUCACAUUAUUGUCAAGCGUGUGCAUACAAGAAAGGCAUAUGUGCAAUGUGCGGAAAGAAAAUAUUGGACACUAAAAACUACAGGCAAAGUGCAACAUAGUUUAACGAAUUAUGAUCUUAAGUAUAUUAUAACUUUGUUAUAUAGUAUAAGUUAGAUAUAUUUUGUAAUGUCAAAACUGGAAAGCAAACAUGUAACCUGCAACACCAAAAUUGUUCUUCAGAGCAGAAAAAUCAUUUUCUUUUUCGAUAAUAAAUUAUAUGAAUAUCCAUGGUAAUAAAUAUA